GGCCCGCCCCUUCCGGCCUUCUUGGCUGUCCGGCAGCGGCCAUGGGCGCGGGCUCGCUCGAGGGCUACUACUUCUCGGCCGCGCUGAGCUGCAGCUUCCUGGGCUCCUGCCUGCUCUUCUCCGCCGUCGGCCGCGCGCUGCGGGAGCCCUACAUGGACGAGACCUUCCACCUGCCGCAGGCGCAGCGCUUCUGCGAGGGCCACUUCUCCCCCGGGCAGUGGGACCCGAUGAUCACGACGCUGCCGGGCCUGUACCUGGUGUCGGUGGGCGUGGUGAAGCCCGCGGGCUGGGCCUUCGGCUGGUCCGACCAUGCCGUGUGCUCCAUCGGGAUGCUCCGCUUCGUCAACCUGCUCUUCAGCGUGGGCACCUUCUACCUGCUGUACCUGCUGCUCCGCCAGCUGCACCCCAGAGCCAAGGCGUCCGGAGUGCAGCGGGUCCUGAGCACGGUGACCCUGGCCGCCUUCCCCGUCCUGUACUUCUUCAACUUCCUCUACUACACCGAGGCGGGCUCCGUGUUCUUCACCCUCUUCUGCUACCUGAUGUGCCUGUACGGGCACCACAAGACGGCCGCCCUGCUGGGCUUCUGCGCCUUCAUGCUCCGCCAGACGAACAUCGUGUGGGCCGCCUUCUGCGCGGGCAGCCUCGUGGCCCAGCGGCUGGCCGAGGCCUGGGGCACGGAGCUGGCGAAGAGGAAGGAGGCCCGGCCGCCGCGCUCCGAGCUGGGGGCGCUGCUCCGCUUCCUGGGGGCCUUCUGCGCGCGCCCGCGGAACCUCUGGGCGCUGCUGCGGCUGACCUGGCCCUACGUGCUCCUGGGGCUGCUCUUUGGCGCCUUCGUGGUCCUCAACGGCGGCAUCGUGGUGGGCGACCGCAGCAGCCACGAGGCCUGCCUGCACGUGCCGCAGCUCUUCUACUUCUGCGCCUUCACGCUGUGCUUCUCCGCCCCGCACCUGCUGUCCGUCGGCCGGCUCAGGGCCUUCCUGCGCCUGGCCUGGCGGCGCCGCGGGGCCUGUGCGCUCCUCACCGCGCUGGGGCUCGUGGCGGUGUGGCGGUUCACCUACGCGCACAAGUACCUGCUGGCGGACAACCGGCACUACACCUUCUACGUGUGGCGGCGCGUGCUGCAGCGGCACGCGGCCGUGCCCUACCUGCUGGUCCCCGCCUACCUGUUCGCCGGCUGGGCCAUCGCCGACUCGCUCAGGGCCAGGUCCGUCUUCUGGAAGCUGGCCUUCUUCACCUGCGUGGCCGCUGCGACGGUGCCCCAGAGGCUCCUGGAGUUCCGGUACUUCAUCCUGCCCUACGUCAUCUACAGGCUGCACAUCCCGCUGCCCUCCGCCCCCCGGCUGGCCUGCGAGCUCGGCUGCUACGUGGCCGUUAACCUCCUGACCUUCCACCUCUUUCUGAAUAAGACGUUCCAGUGGCCCAACAGUCAGGACGUGCAGAGGUUCAUGUGGUAGGGGCUGCUCAGGCUCGGGCACUGAGGCCCACUUCCCCUGGGAGCGCCAGGUGGGCGGGUGACGUGGGACUUCCUCCAGCACGUUGGUGCCUCUCGUGCCACCAUCACACACGGGUGGGUGCCACGACCUGGAACGGGGAGGGGAGGGCAGGGAGAGACGGGCAGACACAAGCUGUGGAAGGAGGUGCCUGUCCCGCGCACCCAGGUCAGGGGCCGCUGCACUGCCCUGCGGCUCGGCCCCUGGUGUCCCUGUGGGUCAGUCUGCGGGCCUUCUCGGGCCGGGCUGCUUCUCAGCCGCAGUUCCUGGAGCCCCUAAAGGCCCCGGCGCCCGAGUGAGUGGGCAGCCCUCUGCCCACAGGUCACGUCAGUCUCGGGGUGCCGUAGACGCACGGGAGAUCGGGGCCUCAGCCCAUGUUUGGGUCAGGUUGACUUUGUUAAGAAUCUGGAACUGGGGAGUCCCACACAAUGGUCACAGAUACUUACGUCAGCGAGGACCACCUUUAGUUUACGUUUUACUGGUUUUGGGGCCACACUCCGCGGUGCUCAGGGCUCACUCCUGACUGCCGGGGUUUGAGGGCCAUGGAUCUACCCAGGUAGGCCACGUGCAAGGCAGGCGCCCUCCCCGCUGUACUGUCUCUGGACCUGGUUUACGACACGGAACCUGUAUUCACCCUCGCUGGUGCUCCAGAGAUUCGGGACCCCCAGAAGCCGCCCACACCGUCUGUUUGGGUGUUCCGGACACUUCCUGCAGUGACAGUAUUUCUCACAGAUGUUUCAAAAUCAGAGUUUCUCGCCGUUCUCGAUUAAGUGGUGAAAUCUGCUGAGGAGCCCGAGAGCCUGCAGCCGGGCCCUGACUUCUGUCCUGGGGUCGGGCAGAGUGGGGGGCUGUGGGCGGGGCAUCUUCACGCACACUCCCUGAAGAGCAGAGCAGGAGGCACGAGCGCGUGACUCAGCCCACGGUGUCCGUGGACUCACCACAGCGGCACGUCCCGUCUCAGCCCUGCCCUGGUGUCCUGCUCGGGGCCCGUCGCCGGCCCCGGCUGCCGCUGCCUUUGCCUGCCAUGCGGACGCCGCUCUGUGGGUGCUCCGGCCGUGCCGGGUCCCCACACUGCCCUGCGUGGUUGGACUCAGGGGAAACUGGUUCUGGCCGGCACCGGCCCUGCCGUGGGGUUCUGGGUAACGUUGGCGACAGGCCCAGUGUCUUCGAGACUUGUGUAGUUGCGAACGCGCUAAUAAAAGAUGAAGGAUA